UCUGAAUCGAUUAACGAUAAUUCAUGUCUUCUUUCAACACUAGAGAUAUUUUACGCCACUUCCAUAGUUCGUCCUCGAGAAGACGUUGCUUAUUGUAUUCGAGCUCUUGGAAGGAGGUUGUCGAAGACGCGAAAUUGGAUUGUUGCGAUCAAAACUUUGAUAGUUAUCCAUCGAACACUCAGAGAAGGUGAUCCUAUUUUUAGGGAAGAAUUAUUGAACUACUCGCACAGAAGAAAUAUUCUUCAAAUACCCAAUUUCAAGGAUGAUUCAAGCCCUUUAGCUUGGCAUUGCUCGUCUUGGGUAAGAAUGUACGCUCUCUUCCUAGAGGAAAGACUGGAGUGCUGCAGAGUACUGAAAUACGAUAUAGAAGCAGAACGCCUCACUAAAACUUCACCAGGAGGAAGAAAAGUGCAUAGCCAGACACGACUUGUGAACGGUGAGGAGUUGCUCCUGCAGCUACCUGCCUUGCAACAGCUUUUGUAUCGAUUAACUGGAUGUCGGCCUGAGGGGGCAGCUUUCAAUGAUUACCUUAUUCAAUAUACCCUGGCCAUGGUAUUAAAAGAAAGCUUCAAAAUAUAUUGCGCUAUCAAUGAUGGGAUCAUUAAUCUUGUCGAGCUGUUCUUCGGAAUGUCUAGACAAAACACUGUGAAGGCUCUGAACAUAUAUAAACGAGCUGGCAAACAGGCAUACAUUCUUGCAGAUUUCUAUGAAUUUUGCAAAGGUUUGGAACUGGUCAGGAAUUUUCAGUUUCCAGUUCUAAGACAGCCGCCUCCUUCGUUUCUUGUCACGAUGGAAGAAUAUGUCCUAGAAGCUCCUCAAACUUGCUCGGUUUCAGUUAAAAGAUUGGAUUAUUACGAUACAAAGAAAGAACAGGAGGAAAUGAAAGAAGUUGUUCCCAAAGAAAAUGAAAACCAAGUGGAAGUGAAGAGUAAUGCGACAGAAAAGGUCCAGCCCAGGAAAAAGGAACCUUUACCGUUUAUAUCAAUUGAUGAACCUGCUGAUUUUCUAGGAUUAAGAGAAACUAACCCGAAAGCUAUUGAACUAGAAGAAAGCAAUGCCUUGGCUCUUGCCAUUUUCCCACCUGGAAGUGUUGACCAAUCAAACAAUUUGAGGAUGAGUGAAAUCGGAAACACAAUGGGAUGGGAGCUAGCUCUUGUAACUACGCCAAGCAACACCACAACCCAAUUAACCGAAAGAAAAUUGGCUGGCGGAUUUGACAGGUUACUACUUGAUAGCUUGUACGAAGAUGAUGUUGCGAGAAGGCAACUUCAACUACAAAACGCAGGUUAUGGAUUUGGAACCAACCCAUUUGAGCAAACCGUGGACUCGUUUUCAAUUUUCAACAACGUAGCUCCCCCAACCGGGGUGCAAAUGGCCAUGAUGGCUCAACAACAGCAGUUCAUGUACCAACAACAGAGCCCCAUGGUUUGGAUGGAUACGGCCGUGUCACAACCUUAUCUAUGCUUACCACAAUACCCUCAACACAAUUUGAAUUCGACAUUAUACAUGGGUUCAUCAAAUCCAUUUGGAGAUGCAUUAGACUAUUAUCCUAAUAGCCAUGGGAAUAAUACAUUAUUCUAAGAGUGAUAUUGAUAUUAUUAAAUUCUACUAUUUAUCUUUCUGUCUAUUUUUUCCCAAAAGCUUUGUACACAUAAGAAUGAAGUCUUGUAUAGAUAUCUUUAUGAGUGAUACAAAAUAAUUUGAGAAGAUAACAUAUAGUACUGUAUGUU